AUGAACAGUCGUACCGUGGCACAGCAUGUCUCGCCGGCCGCGGACCAAGACCGGCGAAGGCUACAGUUAAUAACAGCCCAGCGGGCCUACUGUGAGCGACAGCAGGAACGACUUCUCAAGCUUAGGCGCAAGAUUGGCGACCUUGAAGAAAUAAAUACAACUCUCCACGCGCACAAUGAGCAACUGCAGCUGGUGAUUGCAGAACUGGCAGUAGAGAAUAGUACCGUCUUUGCGACGUCCUUGAGAAAAAACAUCUCGACUACGGAAAAGCGCUGCAUUGGAUGA